AUUUGAAAUAAAUUAGUUUAAUAAGAUAAAUAAAGUGUGACGAUCGUGCCCAACAAGAUGAAUUGAUCGUGACACGAAUUUAAUAAAGUCUUCAAUAUUGAAACCCCCACAACUUACGGGCGAUGAUGACUGAGUCAACAUGUGAAAAUCACUUAGGUGAAGAGUCAAAGCUUUGGUUCAUUUGGUUUACAACUUUGGUAACUAAAAUGAAAGAGUUCAGUUACAUUCAAUAUUCAAUCAUAUAUUUCUCAAUUUAUUCAUUUUAAAUUCAAAUUAGUAUUUCAUUUUUAGUUUUUUAAAGAAAGAUGCAAAUCAAUUUUAAUUUAUGAUUGAUUCUUUUUGGACUUUUGUAAACAGAACAAUAUCUUUUCAUAACCGAAUUGGUACCUUUUAAUAUAAAAAAUAGGAACUACUUAUAAUUUAAUAGUAGUUGGUUUGUGAUGUUUUCAUUUUUUAUUUGAAUUCAAUUUUUAAUCAAAUACGAUUCAAUUUUUAAUCAAAAGUGCCAAUGAUUUUUUAAUAAAAAUCAAAUUUGUGUUCAUUAAAAAGAUAAAAACUCGUCCUCUACUUUUUAAAUCACAGAUUCUAAGAAAGUACCAAAACUAAAGUAACUCUUUUAAACCAAAUUUGUCUUUUUUUUUAAAUACUGGCGGUAAAUCGAUUCGGUAAUAAAAAUUCUGUUACCAUUUUCCUUUAUUUAAGUUUAUACAGAACGCAUAGUACACACCCACAGAGAGACAAAUCAAAGAGAUCGAUCAUUGUGCAGAGAGACAUGGUGUUCCGCGGCGACACGGUGAUGUCCGUAGCCCAUGUAUCGGCGGAGAUGUUUCAGCGUUUACGGUGGAUCCCGCCAUCCGAUCGAAUCAGAAGCGGCGAGAUGUUGCAGCUCGUCUGCUGUUUUCCGCUUCAACAGUUAGGUCGGUUCAUGUUAGUGUUCUGGAAUUAUAUAUGUGUUCCACCUCCAGAGAUUCUUUAUUUUGAUGAUGAUCUUGAUAACGAUGAUGUUUAUGGAUCAUCUUCUUCGUCUUCCAUUGCUAAUCAUCAUAACUACUAUCAUCUUCGUUUGGAGUGACCAAAAAUUUUCAUAUUUUCUGAUUUUUUUUACUUGUAAAAUGUUUUCUUUUUUCCCCCUUUUUUGUAUAGAAAAAAAAUCUUUGUGGUGUUUUCUUUCGUGGGAUUGUUGGAUAAAUUGGAGUAUGUUUCUCAAUCCUUGUUUACAGAAA